AUGGUGAAUUCAACUUUACAUUACUUCAUUUUUAGCACGUACAUGUAUGUAGGAUCUUUGAAAUACUUGUAUUUCCUGUUAACUGCAAUGUUGUACAUGCUAAUUGUUUUUGUCAACAUAUUUCUCAUCGUGCUGAUCUGUAUGAACAGAAGUCUUCAUGAACCCAUGUACAUCUUCCUGUGCAGCCUGUUUGUGAACGAGCUGUACGGCAGCACAGGUUUGUUUCCUCUCCUCCUGGUUCAGAUUCUCUCAGACGUUCACACUGUGUCUGCUCCUCUCUGUUUCCUGCAGAUCUUCUGCUUGUACACGUACGCUCAGGUGGAGUUCUGUAAUCUAGCUGUCAUGUCUUAUGACAGGUAUCUGGCUAUCUGUUGCCCUCUGCAGUAUAACACACUCAUGACGUUUAACAGGGCAGUUACUUUAAUAGCUGGGAUGUGGAUUUACUCCUAUGUAAAAUUCUUGAUUACUUUAUUUUUAACCAUCACUUUGCCAUUUUGUGGAAACAUCAUUAACAGUUUGUAUUGUCACAACUAUCUUGUCGUGAAGUUAGCUUGUUCUGACAUUCAGGUGAAUAACAUUUAUGGAAUCUUUGGCUCAGUUCUGACUGUCUUAGUCCCCCUGCUGCCAAUUCUUUUCUCUUACACUAAAAUCUUGCAGGUGUGUUUCUCUGGUUCCCAACAGACCCGACGAAAAGCUAUCAGCACCUGCACGCCUCACCUGGCCUCGCUCAUCAACUUUUCUUUUGGUUGUAUGUUUGAAAUACUUCAGAGUAGAUUUAAUAUGGCCAGCGUGCCGAGCAUUGUACGCAUCAUUCUGUCUCUGUAUUUCCUCCUCAUUCAGCCGCUUCUGAACCCUGUCAUGUACAGCAUGCAGCUGUCAAGAAUCCGAAACACAUGUAAACAUCUUCUGAGUUUUAAAAUCAAGGCAGGAUGUAAGUGUCAGAGCUAA